AUGGACCAGCUACCAUCUGUAUACGUGCUCGAUCCAUACCAUCCCGCUGCCAUCGAAGUUCUGCGGCGAGCCAGAGGCAUUCGGCUUGUGCUGCCGCCCGAUGCUCGGAAGGAUGAGGCUCUCGAUCGCGCAACUGCCAUUCUUCUUCGCAGCGACACUCGGCUUAGUGCUGAUGACAUCAAACGCGCCAGCGCCCGCCUGAAGUGUAUCUGCAAACAAGGGGUGGGUGUCGACAACGUUGAUCUUGCAGCAGCAAAGGCCCGCGGGAUUGGCGUCUACAAUACACCAGGAAUCAAUUCGGAGUCAGUCGCCGAGCUUACAAUUGCAUUAGCACUCUGUGUUGCGAGGAGAAUUACUGAGUUCGAUCAGAAGAUCCGCAGCGGCGAGAAAGUCGUCAGAAGUCAGAUGCUUGGAAAAAGCCUGUUCAGGAAGACUCUGGGCAUCAUUGGGAUGGGAGCAAUUGGCCGCGAGGUCGCGAAGAAAUGGUCAUCUGCCAUGAACGGCACCAUAAUCGGAUUCGAUCCUGUUGCUACAGAGUCCGCCUGGACUGAUUUAUUUGACGAAGCGACGUUCACACGGGCUACCACCCUGCCUGAUCUACUUCGUUCUGCAGAUGUCAUCAGCUUGCAUGUCCCUCUCACAGAGCAGACCCGGAACAUGAUCUCAGAGCAGGAGUUUGCUAUUAUGAAGGACGACGCUGUGUUGCUAAAUUGUGCCAGAGGCGGUAUAGUCGAUGAAGCGGCUUUGCUCCGAGCUCUGAACUCAGGCAAGCUGUACGGAGCCGGCUUGGAUGCUAUGCUGCACGAGCCACCAACUCUACAGAGCUAUGGCGAGACAUUACUCAGUCAUCCACGAGUGGUGAUGACACCGCAUAUAGGAGCUUCUACUGAAGAUAUGCAGUCAUUGACCGGCCGGACAGCGGUGGAAAUCAUGCUUGAUUUGGUGCAUGGACGAGGCAAUCACAAGUCUGUGGUAUGA